AAAUAUUACGUACAACCAAGCGAGAAACCCUAAUAGCAGUUUGGGAAGAUAAGGAAAGAUGCAGAUCUUCGUGAAAACCCUAACGGGGAAGACCAUCACCCUUGAGGUGGAGUCAAGUGACACCAUUGAUAAUGUCAAAACAAAGAUUCAGGACAAAGAAGGAAUUCCCCCGGACCAGCAGAGGUUGAUCUUUGCCGGAAAACAGCUGGAGGAUGGCCGUACUCUCGCCGAUUACAACAUCCAAAAAGAGUCAACAUUGCAUCUUGUUUUAAGGCUUCGUGGUGGUAUUAUUGAGCCAUCUUUGAUGGCAUUGGCCAGAAAGUAUAACCAGGAUAAGAUGAUCUGCCGCAAGUGUUACGCACGUUUACACCCUCGUGCUGUGAACUGCAGGAAAAAGAAGUGUGGACACAGCAACCAGUUGAGGCCAAAGAAGAAGAUCAAGUAAACUGUUCUCGCUGCAAGAUGCAAACAUGUUAUGGAUUACUGGAUAUGGUGUAAACCUGACAAUUCCAUUAGCUUCUUAGUAUCGUAGUUACUCAUUAUUCUUGUUUUCAGUUUGAGACUCGUUAUGAAUUAUUCUACAGUUCCUUCUAAUGGUGAUACAAUUUUGUUUUUGACAAUAAUGCGUUUGAAGUGGAUGUUUCUCUGAC